AUGAAAACUCGUAUUUGUUCUGGAGAUGAUACGGCGCGUUAUUCGGAACUAAAUACUAUAACGAUAAUUGUGGACUCGUUCAUAUACGCCGAACAUCGCCAAAAGAGAAUCGGGAAAUGGAGUGUGCAUACGGGUCCCCAAGGAAAAAAAUUUAAAUUUAAACCUCCUCAAUUAUCGCCACCACCACCACAACAAACUCUAAUCUCAAUGUGGCGGCCAUUAUCAACAUCAUUACCGCCCCCAUCACAACCAACUAUGGUGUCGUUAUCGUCAUCAUCGACUCCACAGCAGCAGCAGCAGCCACCAAUAAUGGUGUCAUCGACUCCGUCAUCAACUCCACAGUAA